CCUUGUGUCCCUGUCACCCACAGCCCCAAGAGCCGCCUGAUCCAGCUGAAGAAGGAGAAGCUGGAAUACACCCCGGGGGAGCACGAGCACGGGCUGUUCCCUGCCCCCAUCCACGUCGGAAAGUACCUCAGACAAAAGAGAAUUGACUUCCAGCUGCCUUACGACAUCCUCUGGCAGUGGAAACACAACCAGUUGUAUAAAAAGCCAGAUGUCCCACUUUACAAAAAAAUCCGUUCUAAUGUCUACGUGGAUGUCAAACCCCUCUCUGGCUACGCGGCCACCACCUGCAACUGUAAGAAACCAGAGGAUGACAGUGGGAAGGGCUGUGUGGAGGACUGUCUGAACAGGAUGAUCUUUGCAGAGUGUUCCCCCAACACGUGCCCCUGUGGGGAGCAGUGCUGCAACCAGCGCAUCCAGAGGCACGAGUGGGUGCAGUGCCUGGAGAGGUUCCGGGCCGAGGAGAAAGGAUGGGGUAUUCGUACCAAGGAGCCCCUGAAAGCAGGACAGUUUAUCAUUGAAUAUCUGGGAGAAGUUGUUAGUGAGCAAGAAUUCAGGAACCGCAUGAUCGAGCAGUACCACAACCACAGCGACCACUACUGCCUGAACCUGGACAGCGGGAUGGUCAUCGACAGCUACCGCAUGGGCAACGAGGCUCGCUUCAUCAACCACAGCUGCAACCCCAACUGCGAGAUGCAGAAAUGGUCCGUGAACGGUGUUUAUCGGAUCGGGCUCUAUGCACUCAAGGACAUGCCUGCUGGGACUGAGCUGACCUACGACUACAACUUCCACUCCUUUAACGUUGAAAAGCAGCAACUCUGCAAGUGUGGCUUUGACAAAUGCAGAGGGAUAAUUGGGGGGAAAAGUCAGCGCAUGAAUGGACUUUCAAGCAAAAGCAACCAGCCUGUGAGCACCCACAGAAGGCCUGGACGGUCGAAAGAGAAGAGGAAGUCAAAGCACAAAUUAAAGAAGAGGAGGGGCCACAUCCCUGAGGAACCCAGUGAAAGUGUGAACGCCCCGACCAGGCUGACCCCUCAGCUGCAGAUGAAGCCCAUGUCCAACAGGGAGAGGAAUUUUGUGCUAAAACACCACGUCUUUCUGGUACGAAACUGGGAGAAGAUCCGACAGAAGCAGGAGGAGGUGAAGCACGUCAGUGACAACAUCCACAGCACGUCCCUGUACACCCGCUGGAACGGGAUCUGCCGCGAUGACGGGAACAUCAAAUCAGACGUGUUCAUGACCCAGUUCUCAGCCCUGCAGACGGCCCGCUCGGUGCGGACGCGGCGCUUGGCGGCGGCCGAGGAGAACAUCGAGGUGGCUCGUGCUGCCCGCCUGGCACAGAUCUUCAAGGAAAUAUGUGACAGCAUCAUAUCCUACAAAGAUUCCUCCAGGCAGGCGCUCGCAGCUCCUCUCCUGAACCUGCCCCCAAAGAAAAAAAAUGCAGACUAUUACGAGAAGAUCUCUGACCCCUUGGACCUCGCCACCAUUGAGAAGCAGAUCCUGACUGGCUACUACAAAACUGUGGAAGCUUUUGAUGGGGACAUGCUGAAGGUGUUCAGGAAUGCAGAGAAAUACUACGGCAGGAAGUCCCCCACGGGCCGCGACGUGUGCCGGCUGCGCAAGGCCUACUACAGCGCCCGGCACGAGGCGGCCGCGCAGAUCGACGAGAUCGUGGGCGAGACGGCCAGCGAGGCCGACAGCAGCGAGACCUCGGUGUGCGACAAGGACAACGGGCACGAGAAGGACGAGGACGUCAUCCGCUGCAUCUGCGGCCUCUACAAGGACGAGGGGCUCAUGAUCCAGUGUGAAAAGUGCAUGGUCUGGCAGCACUGUGACUGCAUGGGUGUGAACUCGGACGUGGAGCACUACCUGUGUGAGCAGUGUGAGCCUCGGGCUGUGAGCAGGGAGGUCCCCAUGAUCCCUCGGCCCCACUAUGCCCAGCCUGGCUGUGUUUAUUACAUCUGCCUGCUGAGGGACGACCUGCUGCUCCGCCAGGGUGACUGUGUGUACCUGAUGAGGGACAGCCGCAGGACCCCCGACGGGCACCCCGUGCGUCAGUCGUACCGGCUGCUGUCCCACAUCAACAGGGACAAACUCGACAUCUUCCGCAUCGAGAAGCUCUGGAAGAACGAGAAGGAGGAGCGUUUUGCCUUUGGCCACCACUAUUUCCGUCCACACGAAACCCACCACUCCCCGUCCCGCAAGUUCUACCACAACGAGCUCUUCCGGGUCCCGCUCUACGAAAUCAUCCCCCUGGAGGCCGUGGUGGGCACGUGCUGUGUGCUGGACCUCUACACCUACUGCAAAGGGAGGCCCAAGGGGGUGAAGGAGCAGGAUGUGUACAUCUGUGACUACCGCCUGGACAAGUCAGCUCACCUCUUCUACAAGAUCCACCGCAACCGCUACCCCGUGUGCACCAAACCCUACGCCUUCGACCACUUCCCCAAGAAACUCACCCCUAAGAGAGACUUCUCACCUCAUUAUGUGCCAGACAACUACAAGAGAAACGGAGGCAGGUCAUCCUGGAAAUCAGAUCGCUCAAAACCACAGAUCAAAGACUUAAACCAAGAGGAGGACGCUCUGCCCCUGAUGGAGGAGGUGCUGGGAGCCCCAGAGCAGGUGCCAGGGGAGCUGCCCGGCCCCGAGGAGCCCGACAAGGAGCCGGUGCCCAGCGAGGGCUGCGAGGCAGAGAAGAAGGGGGAGGAGGCCCCCUCGGACACGAGGCAGCUCUGCAGCCCCGAGGAGAGGAGGCACCUCCAGAGGGAGAGGCUGAACCAGAUCCUGCUCAACCUCCUAGAGAAAAUCCCAGGGAAAAACGCCAUCGACGUCACGUACUUGCUGGAGGAGGGAUCGGGCAGGAAACUGCGGCGCCGCACCCUGAGCAUCCCCGAGAGCAGCUUCAGGAAGUGACGGCGGGGCCACCCCAGCUCGGGGGCUGUGACCUGGGGGGCUGCCGAGCCCCGGGAGCCGCGGCCCGACCUCCUCCGUGCCGGCCCAGGGGGAGGAGGCGGCCGCGAACGGACAGAACUACAAACAGCAGCACUUAAAGGGGCCGGGGCGCCGCCCUGCCCUGCUCUGCAGUGCUCUUGGUGUGUGUGUUGGUGGGCGUGCCUUGUAUUGAUGUUAGGUACUGAGGAAACCUCGUGGUUAUAUUGUCCAGGAUGGUCAAAUUUAAUUUAUUUUUUGCUUGAUAUUCCCACUCAGAGGAAAAAAAACAAACAAAAAAAAAAUAAAAAAAAA